GCAGUGCAAUUUCUGGAAAAUGAGAAAAACGCGGCUUUCGGAAAUAAAAUGCUUUCUCAUCUUAAUGCAGUUCCAGCCGCGUCCUCAGCCGAUCGCAGAUCCGGUUGUGUGAACGUGGACACGGCAGGCAACCUUUGAGUUAAUUGCCAUUUCCAAGCCUUGGCUGUGUUUGCCAGGGAGAAGCCAAAGCAGGCGAUAAAACUCGAAGUGGAAGACCAUUGACUGGGUCCUAUGGACUAUAUGGAGCUGGAAGUUUUAUAUUCUUCUUCUUCUUCUUCCCACUGCAACUGUUUCCCUUAAUUUUUUAAAAAAAUCUGGUCCGAGUUAACAUCACAUGUAUCAGCUUGUUCCCCUUUUAUAUCCAAUUAGGUCCAAUUAUGUUGAAUAUAGGUUCACACAUUAAAGCCAAACAGUGAUUUCCUCGUUUGUGGCUUAGCGUGCUGGAUGAAUUCGGCCGGCGUGACUUGUUGAGGAGGAGGAGGAGGAAGCUACUUGUGACUGUGAUUUCCAACCCUAGGGCAGUGUGUCUCAAAUCUUGGCAACUUUGAUAUGCGUGGACUUCAACUCCCAGAAUUCAACGCGUACACUCGCCUGCGGACUUUAGUAAGCGAAUGAUAGAGUCCUCCCCUUUACGAAGAUAGAGUGUCGCUGGCAGAGGUAGGAAUAGCUUUUUUUUUUUUCUUCUUCUUCUUGGCUGGGAAAAGGGGUGACUGCUGUCGAGGGCAGGUGAAUGGAUAAAAAAAGAGUAGGAUAGAAAGAAGCGAGUGGAUAGAAAGAAGCGACUCGAUAAACAAGUCUGGGAGAGAAGGAAAAGUGUGGCAUCAAAAGCUAUCAGAAAACAAAGUAUUCAGACAAAGCCAUUGUCUCUUCAGUACUGGCACUUCUGAUCAUUCUUUGUGUGCAACAGCAAAUACGUUGCAACGUUAAGUUAAUGCAUUAAACCGUUAGUUCCUUGGUCUCACAGAAGUUUCAUCAAGGGGAAAGCAUGGAGCAAGAGAGAGUUGGAGGCCAUCAGCUGGGACUAUGUGUGCUUUGUGGUUUACCAGCAGCAGGUAAAACUAGGACAGCACAAGCGCUGAGUUCCUCCUUGAGGAAGCACAAAGGAUGGUCCUGCAUUCUUCUCAGUUAUGACGAUCUCAUUCCUUUGGAAGCAUUCAGUGAAACAGAGAUUUCUCAUUGGAGAUCAUACCGGCAUGAAUUAUUAUUGUACCUUGAACACUUCCUUCAGGCUCUUAUUAAAGGAUGCCAUUACUUUCCUCCUUCAAACAGAACUGAAACAAUGUGGAAAAGUUUUGUCUCCUGUUUGAUGGAACAAGGAUUAAUAUCUGCAGAAACAGAAGACUCUGCAUCUUGUCAAUAUUUAAUAGAUUUCAUUCCACUCAGGCCAAUAUAUUUUAUUUUAGAUGACAACUUUUAUUAUCGGAGCAUGAGAUAUGAAGUGUACCAGUUAGCUCGCCAGUAUUCGUUGGGCUUCUGUCAAUUGUUCCUAGACUGCCAGGUUGAAGUUUGUUUAGAGAGAAAUUCUCAGAGAAAGCAGCCAUUACCUGAGGAAACCAUAUUUGCAAUGGCAGAAAAGCUAGAAUGUCCAAAUUCAAAAAAAUACAUGUGGGAGCAAAAUAGCCUUAUUGUGAAAAGUGCUGAAUUUUCAUUAGAAGAUAAUCUUCAGGUGUUUAAUUUGUUAUCUUCUGCUUUGGAAAAUCCAGUAAAACCCAUGGAAGAGAAUACAGAAGAAAAGGAGAUGGAUCGGGCUAUAUGUGCAAGCAAUGUUCUACAUCAAGCUGAUCAAGUUCUCAGGCGAACAAUCUCUGAAAUAAUGCAGAAGGCUAAAGCCAAAAGCCUUACUCCAAGUGAGAUGAAGAUUUUGUCAGAGGAGCUCAACAAGCAGAAAGUGGACAACAUCUAACCCCAACUUCCAUCAGCGGAUAUGUCCAGCAGUGAUGGGAAUUUCAGCGCUAGGACGUUUUGUGACAUCCUUUUGCAAGGGAUUUUAAACACUACCACUGAUGGUACCAGUGUUAACCAGCAAAACUUCAAAUAAAAAAUAAUAAUAAUCAGGAAAUUCUAAAAAUGCUCUGACCAGAGACAGCAUGUAAGAGUGUCUCUAAAUAAAUGACAUAUUUUUUCCUUACCACCCUGUACUCGUUCCAAAGCCUUUCCUCAGAGGUCUGGAAAGAUCUGUUUUUCAGAGGGAUCAAACAUUCUGAAGAUGCUUAUAAUCAGACAUACGCAAACAUGAAAAGAAGCAGGGUUUUUAAACAGUUCAAUAAAUGCACUCUAUCAUGUUUGAAAUGGGUUUGUAUGUGCAUAUUUACUUGUUAUGCAAGGGAUAGCAAUAUAAAGUAUAUUUUUGUUUCCUGUGAAAUAAAAAAAUAUACAAUAAAAGUGCA